AUGGCGCUUCCCGCCAUCUUCCGCAUGCUGCGGCCUAAGGUGCGUCUUGACAAGCAUGUUGCGACUGCGCGCAUACUGACGACGAGCAGNACAUUCCUGUACCUCAUAUCGCUGCGCACCGGCACUGAGAUGAUCGCCCUGACGCUGCUCAUCAACAAGGUGUCAGGCAUCUACGGCCUCCUUGCCAUUCUCACCGGCUACCACCUCUCCUGGCUACAACUCACCAUGUACAUCUACUCGAUCGGCGUGCUCGGCGCCCUCUGCUACCUCUCACCACACAUCAAGCGUCAAAGCCCGUUACAAUGUCUCUCUCUCGCCUGGCUCUAUGUACUCGACUCUCUGAUCAACGCCUCCUACACUGCUCUCUUCGGCACCACUUGGUUCUUGAUGCUCGCCCGUCACAUCAACGACCCUGUGCCCGGCGACGACAGCAAGCUUCCUGGUGGAAAGAUGAUGAACGACACCGCAGGUUUCACAAGCCCCGAAGUCAAUGCUACCCACGUCGAGGUUGUCGCAACUCCUGCUAUGCCUGGACAGAACGCCGUCGCUGCCGGCAUUAAUGAUGGUUCCGCACUUGGACACGCAGUUUUCCAAUCUGGUAGCAUUGCUAGCAUUACUGUUAUCUGUGCGCUCUGGACCAUCCGCAUCUACUUCUGCCUGGUGGUCAUGGCAUACGCUCGUGGUGUACUGCGCCAACACAUCCUUAUGACCUCCUCGAACAACUUCGGCUUGCACGGCGGCUCCGAGCGUACCGAUCUGGCAGAGAACCCUUUCCGUGAGGGUCGCGAGGAGGGUGAAGGUUGGAAGGGUCGUCUUGGUCGCAUCAUGACUUCGGUCGGAAAGAGAUACUGGCUUGGCAAAGAUGACGAGGAUGAGUGGGUGCGUGGUACUGGCGAGCGCUUCACCAACAAGAAGCGUCUCAACAUCAAGGUUCCCGAACCUGGCGUCGGCGAGCGCGAAAGAAGAGCUAGAAGUGGUACUGGACCCCCACCCUUGAUUAAGAAGCAGGAGACGCCGUGA